UAACCACCGAGCGGGAAGCCCGGUUUGAGUUUUGACUGUAGCCGAGAAAAUUUUGGAAAACCCGGCAAAAAUUUCUCGAACCACCAUUUUCCCCCAACUUCCCUUUUUCACCUGCUUGCUCCCAAGCUUUUCUCUCUCUGCAGCUCUGGCCAUCCACCAUGAGAUGGGAUAUGGAGGUCGAAGAAAUCGAAGCCGUCCUCGAGAAGAUUUGGGAUCUCCACGACAAGCUCAGCGAUGCAAUCCACACCAUCUCCCGAGCUCACUUCCUCAACUCCAUUAAGAACCUCCGGCGGCCCGACGCCAAGAAGAAGCUCUUCGGCGACGCCGUCGAGGACAGCAGGGGAGCUGGCGGCGGCGGAGAAGGUGGAGGGUACGUCUUUGUCAAGGAGCUCCGCGUCGACGAUAACGAGUCUUCGAUUCGAGAGGCUAAGAGCCUCAACGCCAUUAGGGCCGCGCUCGAGAACCUCGGGGAGCAGCUCGAGUUCUUCCAUACCGUGCAAAUGCAACAACGGGCAGAGAGAGAUGCAGCGAUAGCACGACUAGAACAAAGCAGGAUUGUUCUGUCACUGAGAUUGGCCGAACACCAUGGCAAGAAGUACAAUGUCAUCGAGGAAGCUCUGAGCUUCAUUGGCGAUGUACACGAUGCUAAACGCUUCGUCUCCCCCGACAACCUGUACGCAACUCCUGAAAGUCCAGGCGGCGAGAAGGACCUCACCAAGCUCCGAGGAAAGACUUCGAAUGUCCUGGUAAACGUACUUCUAUCCAGUUUCGAUUUCGCCAAGAGGUUGCUUCGACUGGAUAAUGCCGGUGGUGUGCUAGGAAAUGCUGCAUUGUUUGCCGUGAGCAUGCUUGCAUUGCUUCACAUGCAGCAGCAGCAGCUGCAAGUAGCAACAGCGUCGAAAGGCGAUGCUUAUAGUAAACAAGCACAACACUUUCUGAGGAAGAAAGCAUCUGAGAAACAAGGGUCAUCUUCCGAAUUGAAUGUGAUGUUGGCAAGGGGUUGAAGGCUGCAAUUGGUAGCUGUUCUGAAUAAUGGCUGAGGCGGAUCGAGAUGUUUGAUUGAUUCCUGGAAUAGAUGCAAGAGUGAAGAGUUAACACACAUGUUGUUUGGGCUGCCCUACUUUUAGGAUAAGUUAAUGAGUGAUUUAGGGUUCUUGUUGCCAAGUUUUAACCCUCCCUGAGGAAUCUUGUUUGUGUAUAUAUAGAACAGUACAGUACUCCACUUGCUAUUUGCUAACAAGCUUUCUAGUGCUUUGUCUUUACGUGUGUGCCAAGUUUUGUGCGAUUCCUGGCCUUUCUAUUUGGUGCAAGAAUGUGUGGAAGGUGGACAUUUGGGGUCCGCUUUGAAUAUUGGUUUAUUGAGUGCCAUAUGAUGUAAACAAGAGUUGGUUUGGCGGUUUGGUUGAAGUGAAAUCUUCGAGUCGUUUUCAGUGAAAG